AUGGACGGAUUCCUUGACGAGGCAUCUACGCGAGGGUUGUGGCAUGUUACCGAAACACAAUUGUACACUUUGCGGCAGGAAAUUCCGGCGCAAGGAUUAUCUCCUACGCCACGAGAACAACGUUUGGCACAAUACAAUACGUCAGACUAUUAUAAGAGACUGGGCAGACACUUUUGCUCGACAUGUGGAAAAGAGUACAAAUGGAUGCAAUCGUUAAUUAGACACGAACGAGAGGAGUGUGGAAAGGAUCCGCAGUACAGUUGUCCCGUAUGCGGUUACAUCAAGUCCUGCAGGCCCCAUGAUUAUCACAGACGGUACCACGGCAAAUACACAUGCGAUGCAUGCGGUAAAGAGUAUACGUGGAAACCAUCUCUAACGAGGCAUAAACGCGAGGAGUGCGAUUACGGCAAAUAUAAAUAUGGCAAGUUCAGAUACAGGCAGUAUCACGACAAACACAUCUGCCACGCAUGCGGUAAGGAGUACUUAUGGAAAGGAUCUUUGACGAGGCAUAAACGCGAGGAGUGCGGUCGCAGCAAGAAACCACAAGUUUAUCACAGGCGCAAAUAUAUUUGCGAUGCAUGCAAGAAAGUAUACACGUGGAGAUGUUCUCUGAGGAGGCAUAUACGCGAGGAGUGUGGUAAAGAGCGACAGUUCACAUGCGCUCCUUGUGACAAGAGGUUCAAGCAUAAGCAUCAUUUAAAGGAGCACCGCAUGACACAGCUUCAUAAACAAACUGUGAAAAGGAAAUCAAAUUCCUUGAGACGUCGCGCUACUAAUUAA